AUGGUUGCCGUCGGAGACUCCCUUCCUUCCGUCACCCUCAAGGAGCUCGUCUUGAUCGACGACACGUGCACCCUCGGCCCUCGCAACGUCGAUGUCCGUGCUGAAGCGGCGGGCAAGACCAUUGCGCUUUUCGCAGUGCCUGGCGCGUUCACGCCGACGUGCUCCAACUCGCACUUGCCAGGCUACAUCCAGCUCUACAACGAGUUCAAGGCCGCAGGCGUGGAUGAAAUCUGGUGCGUCAGCGUCAACGACGCGUUUGUCAUGGGUGCGUGGGGCAAGGACCAACAGGCUGAAGGAAAGGUCCGCAUGAUUGCCGAUGGCGACGCCGAGUUCACCAAGGCGCUCGAUCUCGUGCUGGACUUGGUGGGUAAGGGCCUCGGCGUGCGCAGCCAGCGCUAUUCGUUGCUGGUCCAGGACGGCGUCAUCAAGACGAUCAACAUCGAAGACAACAAGACGCAAAACUCGUUCGCUCCGUUCUUGCUCGACCAAGCCAAGUCGCUCCAAUAG